AGUGGUUGCAAACAGCCCUUUGAUAUUGGAUUAGACCCGUGAGAAAACCCCAUUUCAAGAAGUCAAACUGUAAUAGAGAUGGACAAGCGACUCAACCUGGUUGACUCGUAGAGUUUAAGAAGCGCGGUCGUGACUCGGAUUCUAAGCCCAUUUUUCCAUUUCAUCUUAACCCUUCUGCUGGAUUUCCCUCCAACGUCUUCAACACUCUCGGUCUAUAUGAAAGCAUCUAUGUCUGAAACCCUUGAAAUCAAUCUCAUUUUGGUGCUUCUAACAACCCUAGGUUUCUCAGUUAGCUGUACCACCGCUUCAGCGAGCGAUCAUCGAUACAAUGUGGGAGAUCGCGUCCCUUUAUUCGUCAACAAAGUGGGCCCAUUGAAUAAUCCCAGUGAAACUUACCAAUACUAUGAUCUGCCAUUCUGCCGCCCAGAUCAGAUAGUUGAAAAAAAGGAAUCUCUUGGAGAAGUUCUAAAUGGUGAUCGAUUGACUGUUGCUUUAUAUGACUUGAAAUUCCGGGAGGACAAAACUGAGGAGAUUCUGUGCAAGAAGCAGCUUAAAGGAUAUGAAGUUGCAAAGUUCAGGGAUGCUGUCAUUGAUGACUUUUGUUUCCAGAUGUACUAUGAUGAUCUUCCAGUGUGGGGGUUCAUUGGGAAAGUUGAAGAAGAGAGUUGGACCCUUGAUGGAAAAGGAUCUAAGUUCUAUCUAUUCAAUCAUGUGCAGUUUGAUGCUCUUUACAAUGGCAACCAAGUCAUAGAAAUACGUGCUUUUAGUGACCCAAGUCAUGUGGUGGAUAUAACAGAAGAUGUUGAGACCAAUGUAAAGUUCACCUACUCGGUUUUCUGGAAUGCAACCUCCACUAGGUUGGAGAACAGAAUGGACAAAUAUGCAAGGGCUGCAUUACUUCCAGCUCGCCGACAAAUUCAUUGGUUCUCUUUUAUUAAUUCAAUUGUGAUCAUUAUGCUUUUGAUGGGAUUGCUUAUUAUGCUUUUUAUGCGGCAUCUCAAGAAUGAUCUGAGAAAGGGUUCUAUUGGAGAUGAAGAAGAAGAUAAGGAGGUUGGUUGGAAAUACAUUCACAGUGACGUGUUCAGAUGUCCUUCGCAAAUGCCCUUAUUUUGUGCUGCUCUGGGAACUGGUACCCAAUUGUUGACCGUGGUUUGCUUUUUAUUUGUCAUGGCCUUUGUUGGUGUUCUAUAUCCCUACAAUCGCGGAGCUCUGUGUAGUUCUUUUGUCGUGAUCUAUACUCUUACAUCUGCAGUUGCCGGCUACAGUUCUGCUUCUUUCUACAAUCAAUUUUCUGAAACUGGAUGGGAAAGAAGUGUUCUUCUGAGUGGGAUUCUCUACCUUGGUCCAUUGUUUUUAACUGUGUCUAUCCUUAAUACAGUUGCCAUAUCUUAUGGGGCCACGGCGGCACUUCCAUUUGGCACCAUAGUAGUGGUUUUUUUUGUAUAUACACUUGUUAGCGUCCCAUUGCUUGCCCUUGGUGGGGUGAUUGGAUUCCAUUUUAGGUCUGAAUUUCAAGCACCUUCUGUAACAAAAAGAUGCCCAAGAGAGAUUCCACCUUUAUCUUGGUACAGGAAAACACCUGCUCAAAUGUUUCUCGGGGGUCUUUUACCUUUUAGUGCAAUUGUCCUUGAAUUACACCACUUGUAUGCAAGCUUGUGGGGCUACAAAAUCUACACUUUUUCCAGCAUUCUGUUUAUCACAUUCAUCAUCCUCAUCAUACUCACUGCAAUCUUGAGUCUUGGUUUGACAUACAUGCAACUUGUGGUGGAAGACCAUGAAUGGUGGUGGAGAUGUGUUUUUCGUGGGGGUUCGACUGCUAUUUUUAUGUUUGGUUAUUGCAUCUAUUUCUAUGCCAAAUCAAAUAUGAGGGGUUUCAUGCAGCUAUCAUUCUUUUUCGGCUACAAUGCUUGCAUGUGCUAUGCAUUCUUCCUGAUGCUUGGUACAAUCAGUUUUCGUGCUUCCCUCAUGUUUGUUCACCACAUUUAUCGUGCUGUUAAGAACGAAUAAUGCUCGGUGUGAUCAGUUCUUCAGCUUAUCUGGAUCGUCUUCAACCAAAAAAAAAUCAUGAAGCAUAAUCCAGAGCAAAAUUUUCCCAUUUUCCUCUCGGAGGGAGAGCAAGUGUAAGUUUUCCCCUCUUGAAUGAGAACUGAAGUUGAGAGAAGACAGAUUGGAAGGUGUUUGUUGAAUCUGUGUACCAUUGAAAGAUGAAGUAUUUUUUUUUUUUUUAGGUUUACAGUAUUGAGAUCUGUAUUGACAACAUGUCGCAUGGCUGUACGCAUAUGGGUGCGUGACUAACACAUGUACAUUUACAGUUUUACACUUGUGCAUGUAGUAACCUUUUUUUUAGGCUUUGGAUGCAGAGUUGGGUCCCCUUUCAUUUUU